CAGCAGACAACUCCAAGCCGCAGGUUACAUCACAGUUUAUAGGCAAGAUGAGUUUGGAGGAGUACUUCAAAAGGAUUGGUUUCCAUGGUUCAUAUGAUAAGCCCGAUCUUGCAACACUGCAAUUGAUCCACAAACAGCAUGUCAUGUCAAUUCCAUUUGAAAACCUCAGCAUUCACUGUGGUGAGAGGAACGUCAUGGACCUUGAUGCCAUUUUCAAUAAGAUAGUGAGGAGCAACCGUGGGGGUUGGUGUCUUGAGAACAACUUUCUGUUCGGCUGGGUGCUGAGAGAAAUGGGCUAUAACACUACAACAUUGGGCUCCAGAGUUUUCAACAGCAUCAUCAAUGACUUUGGCCCCCUUGAAUCUCAUCUCAUCCACAAAGUCGUCUUUGAUGGAAAGGCUUACAUAGCAGAUGUAAGCUUUGGGGUGUCUUCUCAAGUAUUGGAGCCUCUGGAGCUCAUCUCUGGAAAGGACCAACCUCAGGCAGCAGGUGUCUUUCGUUUGAUAGACCAGGAGGGUGUCUGGGUGCUGGAGAAGACUGGUAGAAAGCCAGAGGUUCUCAAUCCAGACUUUGCCACAUCAAGUCUGGUGAACAGGAAGGAAACAAAAACGAUCUACUGCUUCACCUUAAAGCCCAGAGAAGCAGAAGAUUUCUUUGAUAAAAGCGACAUACUUCAGACAGAUCCUAGUUCACUGUUCACCAAUAAAUCUAUCUGCUCUUUGCAGACACCUACAGGAUUCAGAGCUCUUAUUGGCUGGACCUACAGUGAGGUCACCUUCAAACCUGAGGAAGGUGUUGAUGUCUUAGAAAUGAGGGACAUAAAAGGAGCUGAGAUAGAGCAAAUUCUGUGGGAAAAGUUCAGUGUGAAGCUACAGAACAAACUACAGCCUGUAAACAACAAAUCCUUUUACACACUUUGACAAAUGUCAGGUCCUGUUGUGGUCCUUUGAUUAUGUCAUGAUGUGCGUUGAUUUCAUGCCAGGUGGAGCAGCUUGUUGAGGGAUCAUCUAAUUUAAACAUUCACAAUGCUUUGGAUUACAUUUCCGUGCAGUGUGGUAGCAGGGAGUCAGUGGACGGAUGGAGCUGUCUGGACAUAUCUGAGAGUUGAGGGUGGAUGAAUGACAUGUCUUGGAUCUGUGUUUUUGGCAUAUGUGUAGAACAGCAAACUAUCUAGAAUUGAUAGAUGGAACAAAUAUACAAAUAUAUUAUUUUUAAAUACAUGGUGUAAGACCUAAUGAGGUUCUAAGCACUCCAGUCAGAGCCAUUAAUGCUAAUAUGUUAUUCAAGGAUGUUCCUGUAACUAUGCUCAUAAAUAAU